AUGGACAAUUCCGACAGUGUUAAAGCGCGCUUUCAGCCAUCGAAGCUCGCACUUGGCAAGGCUGCAGCUCAUGUUAUCGAUAUCGACGUCGACUCGCUGGAUUGGAACAAGUCCUUCAUAUUACUCGGUGGCGACUCUAUCCUAGCAAUCGAUUUCAUCGCCAAAUGCCGCGAUGCAGGUAUUCACGUGGACAUGACAGAGCUGUUGACGGCCGAGACCUUGGGUGCACUCGCUGAAGAGAUAGAUCGAAAGAAUGCGGGAGCUGUUAACGGAGUCAAUGGCCACUCAAAUGGAGACAUCGGUUUUCCUCUUGUCAAUUGGCAAGAUUCCGCGCUGGACGACCUGGUCGCGGACUUGAAAACGCACAGUAUAGCCAUUAGUGAUAUCGAAUCUAUUGCGCCUUGCUCCGCCGUGCAAGAAGGCUUCUUUGUCAGCCAGGCUAUCAACCCUACUUCCUAUAUCAGCCAAGUUUCCAUGAGGCUGCUUUCAACCUCUGCCGAUGGUCGGCGACCUGCAACGGAGAGGGUUGUCGAGGCAUGGAGAGACAUUGUCAAACGCCAUGCAAUCCUGAGGACGACAUUUAUCGAGAGCAAUGACCGACCUGGCAAAUUUGACCAACUUGUCCUCAAGCCUAAUACUAUGCCACCCCGUGUUAUAAUAUGCUCCUCGACAAAGGAUGUUCGUGCCGUCCCGCCCUUUACUACGCGCAAGUUUGAAACUCCGUUGCGUCUUUGUGCCUAUGAGGUCAGUGCCAAUGAGCUUCGACUUGACCUGGAAAUUUCGCAUGCCCUGGUGGAUGGACACUCUGGUAGAAUCUUGUUGCACGACCUUCGUGCCAGCUAUCUACGAGCUGCGUACUUCUCGGAGAACGCGCUUCCAUAUACGAGUUUUGCAUCUCACCAGCAAGCUGCCUUGAACACACGGGAUGCGUCUGCAGGCGUUGAAUACUGGACAUCCUACCUAAACAACGCCAGCGAGUCUCAUUUGCCUCUUAUCGCCAGCAAUCCUCAAUUGCACCACCUGAAGACAGCCCGUUGUUCUAUGCCACUACCGCACAGGAAGCUUCGCGCCGUCUGCAGUCAGAUGAUGAUUACUCCGGCAAACCUGUUCCAAAUCGCCUGGGCGCUUGCCAUUCGACGCAUCGUCCUAUCAGAUACCAUCACGUUCUCAUACAUAGUCUCUGGGCGUAACUGCGAUCUCGAGGGCGCCGACGGGACCGUGGGACCCUUCCUAAACACAUUACCAUGCUGUCUCAAAUUGACCCCUGAGACCAGUGCGGCUGAUGCACUGUCUUUGGCGAAACGAGACUGGCACGACGGCCUACCAUUUCAGAACAUUCCCAUAGCCGAUCUGGCCGUGGCAAAAACGCGGUCGUUGAAGCGGCUCGGAAACACGCUGCUCUCAAUUGAGCGAGAAGCAACAAACACGCAUAUGUUCACAGAAGGAACAUCCAUGACCCUAGAUGCGAGGACAAGCGCAACAGACUAUGAUAUAUCCGCCAAUGUGAGAUUCAGUGAAGAACGGAUCGACUUGAGUCUCGAGUACUGGGCUUCUAGGGUAGCCUGGCCUGUUGCAAAGGCCCAGAUGACGGCAUUCCAAGACGCAGUCGCAUUUUUAUUAGAAGGAGCGAGCAGCAUGUACAUCCGCGACUUUCCAAGCCAUGGCAUCGAAGACCGCCUUGCAAUUUCGAGGUGGAAUUCCGCCAUACCGCCACGCCUGGAACGCUGUGUUCACGACCUUGUCCGGGACAAGAUGGCCGCCCAGCCAAGGGCACAGGCCAUUAGCGCUUGGGACGGCGAGAUGACGUACGGCGAGCUAGAUGAGAACAGCCGCCGGCUGGCCUACCAUCUGGUUGAGCGAGGCGUCGGUCCGGAGGUGAUGGUUGGGCUGUGCAUGGAUAAGUCGAAGUUAGGAGUGGUGUCCAUGCUGGCUAUCCUCCGUGCUGGUGGCGCCGUGGUGCCUCUUGGGGUGCAGCAUCCGCUAGCUCGUGUUGAGGGCAUCCUGAAAGAUACAGCCGCGCCGAUCGUACUGGUCGACCGCACUCACCAGCGGCGGCUGGUGGCGCUGGAGGCGCAUACGCAGCUGCUUGCAGUUGACUCUUUCUUCGAUACGGCCCCGGCGACCCUGACACCGUCCACCGAGCCCUGCCUAUCCGUACGGCCCAAGAACGCGGCCUGGGUGAUGUACACCUCCGGUAGCACCGGGAAACCCAAGGGUGUUGUGCUUGAGCAUAGGGCCAUCGCGACAAGCAUCCUUGCCCACGGACCUGCGAUUGGUGUACAGCCUCACGACCGCCUGUCGCAGUUUGCGGCGUACACCUUUGAUGUUUCUAUUGCAGAAAUCAUGACGCCCCUCUCGAUCGGCGCAUGUAUCUGUGUUCCAUCCGAACAUGAUCGCAUAAGUCGCCUCACGACCUUCCUGUCAAAAGCAAAUGUCACUGUGGCUACAUUGACCUCAACAGUAGCAGCGCUGGUCCAGCCGCAAGACACGCCGACAAUCCGAACGCUUAUUUUGACUGGCGAAGCCCUCCAACUAAAGGUUGUCUCUCAAUGGAUGCAACAGGCCACUGUUGUGAAUGCUUACGGCCCCUCGGAGAGCUCUAUAUGGACAACAGGAACGCCGCUUGCCGGCGCAUUCUGGGUGGUUAACCCAGCGAACAUCGCGGAACUGGUUCCAGUCGGCGCACCAGGCGAGCUCUUAAUCGAAGGCCCGCUGUUGGCGCGCGGGUACCUCAACGAUCCGGACAAGACAGCGGCCGCGUUUGUGACCGAUCCAGCGUUUGUGGAAGAGCUGGGUCUAAGCCCUGGCCGGCGGAUGUACCGUACCGGUGAUUUGGUACAACAGCAUCCCGACGGCUCCCUGACAUACCUCGGCCGUCGCGACACACAGGUCAAGAUCCGGGGUCAGCGGGUUGAAAUUGGAGAGAUCGAGAGUCAGAUUGUUCGUCUGCUCCCUGAUGCACGCGAAGCUAUUGUCGAUGUCGUCCGGCCGGCCGAUGAGGCGCAUGAUGGGGUACUAAUGUUGGUGGCCGUUAUUGAAUAUCCUGAGGCUGGAUGGUCCAGCAGUGGAGGAGAGCUGGAACUAUACGACCCCGUAACAAUCACCAAAGCCGCACGCGAGGCUAUCAAGAAAUUGGAUACCGAGCUCGGGCAGGUUUUACCAGCAUACAUGGUGCCGACAGCAUUUUUACUUGCCCCGAAUAUUCCGGUGAAUACAUCGGGCAAGCUGGACCGCCGUGCCAUGCAAGACCAGUUGCGCCUCAUGUCCCGCGAGGCGUUAAGGAGCUUUUCCUAUUCGACAAUCACAAAGCAGGCUCCAACUACUGCUAUGGAAUAUAAGCUGCAGCGUUUGUGGGCUGCAGUUUUAUCGCUUUCCCCUGACCAAGUAGGAAUUAACGAUUCCUUCUUCCGUCUUGGAGGAGACUCGGUGGUAGCUAUGAAGCUGACGGCAGCGGCCCGCGCUGAGAAGCUUCCUCUAUCCGUGGCUGACAUCUUUCAAUGGCCGCAUCUGGUGGAUAUAGCAGCCGUUAUGGAAGAGAAAUACUACCUCAUGAAUGGUCAUGCAACAAAUGGCGUGGCGCACGAAGACCCGGCCCCGCUGAGCUUAUGGCCGGAGCUCGCCCAGGCUGAUAUCUCGGAUACAGACCGGGCACGACUACUGGCAGAUGUUGCCACGCAGUGUGGCAUAACCACUAGCCAGAUCGAAGACGUCUAUCCAUGCAGCCCAUUGCAGGCCGGACUGAUGGCAAUUACCGCACAGCAUCCUCAGGCCUAUAUUAUUCAGCGUGUAUUCAGUCUGGAGACCGAUCUUUCUACUCAGAAGCUGAAGACAGCCUGGGCGAGGCUGGUAGAAGCCCUGCCUAUUUUACGCACGCGCAUUAUCCCCUCAGUACAAGCUGACGCAUUACAAGUGGUGGUCCGGGAGCAGCAGCCGAUAUGGCAGGAUUCGGUGUCACUCGAGGACUAUCUUACUGCAGAUAAAGCUACCCCUAUUACAUAUGGCGGCGUUUUGAGUCGUACUGCCAUUGUCGAGAGCGAAGAUAGGACAAAUCGGUUCUUCGUGUGGACGACACACCACAGCAUCUACGACGGCUGGAGCAUGGCUAAGAUGAUGGAAAUGCUUGUGCAGCUAUUGCGAGGUGAAGCGGUUCCAGCCCCAGUGCCUGUGUCACGCUUCAUUGCCUAUUUGUCCCAGCAGGAUCAGCAACAGACGGCGACUUUCUGGAAGAACCACCUUGAAGGCGCCAACUGGGCUCAUUUCCCGGCGUUGCCGUCCCUGCACCAUAAGGUCGUGCCCAAAGACCUGCUGAACCGACAGAUCAGCAUUCCACGGACAGCAGGUGCUGUAACAACCCCGACACUGCUGCGCGCCGCGUGGGCCUUCCUCGUCGCGGCUCACAUUGGCGCCGAUGAAGCUAUUAUCAACGUCGUGCUCUCUGGCCGCAUGGCCCACGUUGAUGGCAUCACAGAUAUCAUAGCACCGACUAUCACGUCAGUGCCCUUCCGUGUAUCUGCAUGGAGGGACCAGACUGUGCGUGGUUUCCUUGGUGCUAUACAGGAGCAAACCACCCAGAUGAUCCCAUUCGAGCAUACUGGUCUUCAGAAUAUCCGUCGUAUGGUUCCCGGCCUUGGCCCAGAAUUCGACCCUGGCCACAUAUUUGUUGUCCAACUGGCCGAGGAAAGCGAGUCGUCGCCACCAAUGUAUAACAAGCUAUUCACGAGGGAGCUUACCACUGCGGACGCGUUUUACUCCCAUCCACUCAAUAUCGAAUGCACAGUGGGCCAGGGGAGCAGUGGCGUAAGAGUUGAGAUGCGGUAUGAUCGCGAAGUCCUCCCCGUCGAUGCCGCCCAGCGUCUUCUUGCCCAGUUCGCCCACAUUGUGCAGCAGCUAGCAGACAAUGCCGAGACGGAGCAGUUGCUUGGACAGAUGCAAGUACUAUCUGCGGACGAUGCUGUGCAAUUGUCCCAGUGGAACUCAAGAGUACCACCAAGGGUUGAUCGCUGCAUCCAUGAACUGGUGCAGGACCAGAUGGCCGCCCAACCAGCAGCGCCAGCUAUCAGUUCGUGGGACGGCGAGAUGACAUAUAGCGAGCUGGAUAUUGCAAGCUAUCAGCUAGCUCAGCAUCUGGCCGGCUGCGGUGUAGGCCCUGAGGUGAUAGUUGGGCUGUGCAUGGAUAAGUCGAAGUGGACAAUCGUGGCGAUGCUAGCCAUCCUACGCGCUGGUGGCGCUAUAGUGCCUCUUGGGGUGCAGCAUCCGCUGGCUCGUGUUGAGGGCAUCCUGAAAGAUACAGCCGCGCCGAUUGUACUGGUCGACCGCCACCAUGAACAACGUUUAGAUGCGCUAUCCUCCCAUACGCAGCUGCUUCCCGUUGACUGUUUCUUCGACACGGGUCUAUCGACCCUAGCGAUAACAUCCACCAAGCCGUUCACGGCUGUACGACCAGAAAAUGUGGCAUGGGUUAUCUAUACCUCUGGCAGCACUGGCACGCCUAAGGGUAUUAUCCUUGAACAUGGGGCUAUUGCAACGAGUAUUCUUGUACAUGCACCGCUCUGGGGACUCUCUCCCUCAACACGCACGCUCCAGUUUGCUGCUUUCACUUUCGAUGUUAGUAUCUCCGAUGUCAUGGCAACCCUUGCUUUUGGUGGCUGUAUUUGCUCGAUCUCUGAAGAUGAUCGUCUCUCGAGGCUCAAUCAGGCAGCUAGCGAUUUCCGGGUGACCUAUGCCAAUGUGACACCUACAGUCGCUCGCCUUUUAGAUCCAAAGCUAGUCCCUACACUAAAGACUCUGGUGCUUAUUGGAGAGGCUGUUGAUACAGGUGUUGUGGAGAGGUGGAAUAAGGAUGCUACAGUAAUCAAUGGUUAUGGCCCUGCUGAAGCAUCCAUCGUGUUCCAUUGCAGCCCGCCUAUACUGGAUCCUGCAGUUGCAGCAAACGUUGGACAGCCCAUCGCAGGGGGUGCCUGGGUAGCUGACCCGGACAACAUCGGCCGACUGAUGCCCCUUGGCACACCAGGCGAGCUGCUCAUCGAAGGCCCGCUAUUAGCACGGGGCUACCUCAAUGACCCUGUCAAGACUGCCGCCGCCUUUAUCAAAAACCCGGCAUUUACGGAACAGUUGGGCCUAGUAGGCCCCGGCCGGCGGAUGUACCGCACUGGCGAUAUAGUGCAACAGAAUGCGGAUGGAUCGCUGACCUACAUCGGACGACGAGAUACACAAGUCAAGAUCCGCGGCCAACGAGUUGAGAUUGGAGAGAUAGAGAGCCAGAUUGUGUGCUUGCUUCCAGACGCACGCAAGGCUAUUGUCGAUGUGAUUCAGCCAGCCAGUGAGGCUCAUGAUAGCAUAUUGAUAUUGGUGGCUGUCAUCGAGUAUGCUGAGGCUGGGCCUGCCCUGAGUAGUUGCGGAGCGCUGGAUAUAUACAAUCCCGCAAUGAUUACUGAAGCCACACGUAAGGCCCUCGACAAACUGUACAUCGACCUCACGCAGGUCCUACCAUUAUACAUGAUACCCUCAAUAUUUUUGCUUACUCCGAAUAUCCCGUUAAAUCUUUCUGGCAAGUUGGAUCGCCGGACUGUACGGGAAGAGAUGUGCAAGAUGUCCCGCGAGUUGCUAAGCAGCUAUUCCUGCUCUACCACCACAAAGCAGGCUCCAAAAACUGCUAUGGAACAAAGGCUGCAGAGCCUCUGGGCCGCGGCUUUGUCACUUUCACCUGAUACAGUAGGCAUCAACGACUCCUUUUUCCGUCUUGGUGGAGAUUCGGUGGUGGCCAUGAAGUUGGCAGCAGCAGCACGUGCUGAGAAUAUUCUCCUCUCCGUGGCCGAUGUCUUCCGCCUGCCCCGUCUCGAGGAUAUGGCAGCAGCUUUGGAAGAACAUCAUGAAGGCAAUGGCCCUAUCGAAGCAGAUCCUCUUCCGUUUAGUCUGUGGCCAGAGCUCGCCCAAACCGGCAAUACCGAUGCAGAACGUGACCGCUUGUUAGCAGAUAUUGCCGUGCAAUGUGGUAUUUCUCCUGACAAAAUUGAGGAUGUCUAUCCAUGCAGCCCGUUACAGGCCGGGCUGAUGGCGAUUACCGCUCAGCAUCCCAAGGCCUAUGUUAUCCAGCGCGUCUUCCAACUACAUGCCAACCUCUCAACUGAACGGCUCAAAGCCGCCUGGAACCAGAUGGUCGAAGCCCUGCCUAUCUUGCGGACGCGUAUUAUUCCCUCUGUCCAGGCUGACGCGCUACAGGUCGUGGUACAGGAGCAGCCAGUCUGGUAUCACAGGGCAUCACUUGAAGACUAUCUUGCUAUGGAUAGAGCCAAUGCUAUUACAUAUGGCGGCGAGCUCAGUCGCACCGCCAUCAUAGAGAGCGAAGACAAUGGGAGCCGCACCUUCGUGUGGACAUCACAUCACAGUAUCUACGAUGGGUGGAGCAAGUCGAAAAUGAUAGACAUGUUUGGGCAGCUCCUGAGGGGUGAGGCGCUACCAUCUGCCCCGGUACCAGUGUCACGGUUCAUCGCCUAUCUGGCUCGUCAGGAUGAGAAACAGAAGGUGGCAUUUUGGAAGAAUCACUUCCAAGGCGUUAACUGGACGUCCUAUCCAGCCUUGCCAUCCGCGCAACACAAAGUUAACCCUCGCGAUAAACUAAGCUGCCAGCUGCACGUCUCUCUGAUUCCGGGAGCUGCGACAAUGUCCACAGUAUUGCGUGCUGCCUGGGCCCUCUUGGUCACCGCCAACACCGGCGCCGAGGAAGCAGUCAUCAAUGUCGUGCUCUCCGGUCGUAUGGCAGCCGUUGAUGGUAUUACAGACCUCAUAGCCCCGACUAUCACCUCAGUGCCCUUCCGCGUAUCCGCUUGGAGGCAACAGACCACACGCGGUUUCCUUUCUGAUGUACAGGAACAGGCCACCGAGAUGAUCCCAUAUGAGCACACUGGUCUUCAAAACAUCCGGCGCAUGGCCCCUGACCUUGGGCCAGAAUUCGACCCCGGCCACAUCUUUUUAGUUCAGCCAGCCGGAGAGAGCGAAUCAGCCAGACCGAUGUUCGAUAUAGGUAUGGACGUCGAUGAUGAAGCUACUUCUAUGGACGCCUUUGACGCCUACGCGCUGAACAUCGAGUGCACCGUGGGCGGGACAAGUGAGGUUACAGUUGAGCUGUCCUUUGACCGCGAAGUUGUCCCGGUUAAUGCUGCGCAACGCCUGCUUGCUCAAUUCAGCCACAUUGCUGAGCAGCUAACACGCCAUGCGGAUGUAGAGCUGCCGCUCGGGGCUCUCAAACUGUUACCGGAGGAGGACAGGGCACAGUUGAGACAGUGGAACUCUGUCGUACCUCCACGCAGUGAGCGCUGCCUCCACGACCUUGUGCGUGAAAACAUGCUUGACCGGCCUUCCGCGGUGGCUCUCAGCGCUUGGGACGGAGAGGUGACAUACGGCGAGUUGGACGACUCCAGCCGCCGGCUGGCCUGCCACUUGGUUGAUCGAGGUGUAGGGCCGGAGGUGAUGGUCGGCCUGUGCAUGGACAAAUCCAAGUGGGCGGUGGUGGCCAUGUUAGCCAUCCUCCGCGCCGGUGGCGCUGUCGUUCCUCUUGGGGUGCAAUAUCCCCUAGCGCGCAUCGAACGAAUCGUGAAAGACACAGCUAUGUGCCUAGUCCUGGUUGACCCAUCGCAGCAAAGUCGACUAGGCUCUGCAUUGCCAGCUACCAUCACCGUCGAUGCCACCCUCCACAAAUCACUCCCUGCUACGGCAUAUGACGCGUGUUCCACAGUCACAGCUGGCAAUGUGGCCUGGGUACAGUACACUUCUGGGAGUACUGGCCAGCCUCAAGGCGUUGUCCUUGAACAUGGUGCACUCGCUACUGCAGUGUUGGCUAAUGCUCGGUUCCUCUCUCUGACAACGGAAUCUCGGACUCUCCAAUUUGCGGCAUUCACCUUCGAUGUUUGCAUUACCGACAUCUUCUGCACACUGGCUAGUGGUGGCUGUGUGUGUCUAAUGUCUGAGGAAGACCGUAUGAAUGAUUUGGCUGGUUGUUUUCAAAGAACCAAUGCCAACUACGUCGAGUUGACGCCAACAGCCCUCAAAUUACUCUCCCCUGACCAGGUGCCGGCUGUCACAAAGCUUGCUCUCGGUGGUGAGGCAAUGGAACCGCAGCUUGUCGACAAAUGGAGUAGUAGUGUCCAACUUAUCAACUCAUAUGGUCCGUCCGAAUGCGCCAUUGUUUGUGCGGCCAACAUUUUGAGUGGAACCACGGAUGCCAAGAAUGUUGGAAAGCCUCUAGCAGGGGCCUUCUGGGUUGUAUAUCCUCGAAAUCACAAUUGUCUCUGUCCUAUCGGCGUGCCGGGCGAGCUCCUGAUUGAAGGUCCAUUGCUAGCACGCGGGUACCUGAAUAACCCCGACAAGACCGCCGCCUCUUUUAUCAAGGAUCCAGCAUUUGUCGAAGAGUUGGGUCUCAGCUCUGGCCGACGAAUGUACCGCUCAGGAGACAUCGUGCAGCAGAAUGCGGACGGCUCCCUAUCUUACGUCGGCCGAAUGGACACGCAGGUCAAGAUCCGUGGCCAGCGGGUGGAAAUCGGUGAGAUAGAGAACCAGAUCAAUCGUCUGCUCCCGCAUGGACAUCAAGCCAUGGUAGAUGUGGUGUGUCCUGCCGGUGAGGCGCUUGAUGCACCACUCAUGCUCGUGGCUGUGAUCGAGUAUGCUGAGGCUGGGUCUGCCCCGAGCAGCCCCGGAGUGUUGAAGCUAUACGAUGGCGCAGAGAUUACCGAAGCCGCGCGGAAGGAUGUUGAAAAAAUGGAAGCCGACCUCGGGAAGAUGCUGCCGGCUUACAUGGUCCCCGCGGUGUUCCUAUUAGCUCUGAGUAUCCCGGUCAACGCGUCUGGCAAGCUGGACCGCCGCGCCGUGCGGGAUCAGCUGCGCCUGAUGUCCCGCGAGUCGCUGAGCAGCGUUUCCUGCUCGUCAGGCUCAAAGCAGGCGCCAACCACUGCUAUGGAACAGAGGCUACAGAACCUCUGGGCCACGGCACUCGUGUUGGACCCCAAAUCAGUUGGGAUUAAUGACUCCUUCUUCCGCCUUGGUGGAGACUCUGUGGUGGCUAUGAAGCUAACGGCCGCAGCCCGAGCUGAGAAGAUUCCUCUAUCCGUGGCUGACAUCUUCCAAUGGCCCUGUCUGGCUGAUAUGGCAGCCGCUAUAGAAGAGAAACAAGUCGAAGACACUGGCCCGGCGGACGAAGAUCCAGCCCCGCUAAGUCUCUGGCCAGAGCUUGUCCACACCGAUAAUCCUGAAGUCGAGCGAGUACGACUGUUGACCGAUGUUGCUGCGUAUUGUGGCGUAGCCAUUGACGAUAUCGAAGAUGUCUAUCCAUGCAGCCCCUUGCAGGCCGGAUUGAUGGCGAUUUCCGCCCAACGUCCCGAGGCCUAUGUUGUCCAACGUGUAUUUAGCCUAGAGUCCGACCUGUUAAUUCAGAAGCUGAAGGCUGCCUGGGCGAGGUUGGUGGAAGCCCUGCCUAUAUUACGGACACGUAUCAUCCCUUCCGCGUUCACCGACGCGCUACAGGUGGUGGUCAGGGAACAGCCGACCUGGCAGAACUGGAUGUCACUCCAGGAGUAUCUCGAAGCUGAUAAAACUACGCCUAUCACGUACGGCGGCGCGCUCAGUCGUGCGGCGAUCUUGAUGGACGGAGAUUGUUGGUACUUUGUCUGGACGGCACAUCACAGUGUUUUUGACGGAUGGAGCUUGGUGGAAAUGUCAAAACUCGUGGAACAGCUGCUAAGAGAUGAGGCUCCUUCGACCUCAGUGCCCGUCUCUCGAUUUAUUGCCUACUUGGCCCGGCAGGACAAGGAACAGGCCGCAGCAUUCUGGCAGCGGCAGCUUGAAGGCGCCAACUGGGCUCAAUAUCCAGCCUUGCCCUCUCCGCAGCACGUCGUCAACCCGAGAGAUGUGAUCCAGCAACAGGUCGACAUUCCCAACAGCCCAGGUGAUGGGACCACGGCGACGCUGUUGCGAGCCGCCUGGGGGCUCCUGGUAGCCGCCAACACCGGCUCCGAUGAAUCAGUUAUCAGCGUUGUUCUAUCCGGCCGUAUGGCGGCUGUUGAGGGCAUCACUGCCCUGGUGGCACCGACUGUUACUUCUGUUCCCUUCCGCGUUUCUGCUUCGCCAACUCAGUCUGUACGGGAGUUCCUUACCACCAUACAUAAGCGGGCAACUGAAAUGAUCCCGUAUGAACAUACCGGUCUCCAGAACAUUAGACGCAUGGUCUCUAGCCUGGGACCGGAGUUCGACCCAGGUCAUAGCUUUGUUGUUCAGCCUGCCGAGAAGAGCGAGUCAACCUUACCGAUGAGAGAUCAUACAGAAAGCUCUGCUGAUGCCUUUGACGCAUAUUCACUCACCGUCGAGUGCACGAUGGCAGCAGAGGCAAAUGCAGUUAGGGUCGAACUACGCUAUGACCGCGAAGUCCUUCCGGUUGAUAAUGCGCAUCGCCUACUAGCACAGUUUGACCAUAUUGUCCAGCAGCUAGCACAAAAUGCAGAGACUGAACGGCCCCUAGGACAGCUGCAACUACUAUCGAGGGAGGACGGCGUGCAGUUGAGCAGAUGGAACUCAACAGUUCCGCCACGGGUAGAGCGCUGUGUUCACGACCUUGUACUUGACAAGAUGGCCGUGCAGCCGUCCGCAGUGGCUAUCAGCUCGUGGGACGGAGAGAUCACAUACAAGGAGCUAGAUGAUUACAGCCGCCGGCUAGGUUAUCAUCUGGUAGAGCGAGGUGUCAGGCCGGAGACAAUGGUCGGACUGUGCAUGGACAAAUCCAAGUGGGCGGUGGUGGCCAUGUUAGCCAUCCUCCGCGCCGGUGGCGCUGUCGUUCCCCUCGGUGUACAACAUCCCCUAGCUCGCAUUGAGGGCAUCGUCAAAGACACGGCCAUGCGGCUCAUCCUGGUUGACCGUGGUCAGGAACAGCGGCUGGGGGCGCUGGAUACACAGCUACUCGCGGACGAUUCUUUCUUCUGUGUGUCCCCGGCGAUCCCGAUACCGUCCGGCGAGCCCUGCAUAUCCGUACGGCCUGAGAACGUGGCCUGGGUCAUCUAUACCUCUGGCAGCACCGGCAUGCCUAAGGGUGUUGUUCUUGAACACAGGGCUCUUGCAACAAGUAUCCUUGCCCAUGGCCGCGCAUUUGGCAUUCAAUCCGACGACCGGCUGUCACAAUUCGCUGCCUAUACCUUCGAUGUCGCUAUCCAGGAAAUCAUGACGAGUCUUGCGUUUGGGGCCUACGCUAAUGUUACUAUCACCACUUUGACAUCAACAGUGGCUUCUUUGGUCCAGCCAGAAAACACCCCGAGCGUACGAACGUUGGUCUUGAUGGGUGAAGCUGUUCAACCAAAGGUUGUUGACCAAUGGUUUGAUCAUGCCGACAUUAUCAAUGCUUAUGGGCCCUCGGAAUGCUGUAUUCAUACCACGGGAAACAAGACUCAGAAAAGAUCAGAGGCACCUAAUAUAGGGAAGCCGCUUGCGGGUGUUUUCUGGGUCGUCAAUCCGGCCAAUGUUGGACAACUGGUUCCAAUCGGUGCGCCGGGCGAGCUGCUGAUUGAAGGGCCACAGUUGGCACGAGGUUACUUGAACGACCCUGUCAAGACCGCUGCUGCCUUUAUCAAUGACCCGGCAUUUACGGACCAUUUGGGCCUAACUGGCCGACGGAUGUACCGCACUGGUGAUCUGGUGCAGCAGAAUGCAGACGGCUCAUUUAUAUAUCUCGGUCGCCGUGACACUCAGGUCAAGAUCCGCGGCCAGCGAGUCGAGAUUGGAGAAAUCGAGAGUCAGAUUAUGUAUCUGCUCCCAGAUGCAUCUGAAGCUAUCGUCGAUGUGGUGCGGCCAGCUGGUGAGGCACACGAUGGAGUUCUGAUGUUGGUUGCUGUCAUUGAAUAUCCUAGGGCUGGAUCAUCCAGCAGUGGAAAGUUGGACUUGUACGAUGAUUCACAUAUCACCAAUGCCGCCCGUAAUGGCCUCCAGGGGUUGGACAUCGAGCUCGGCCAAGUACUUCCGGCAUAUAUGGUACCCACGGCGUAUCUCCUGACGCCAAAGAUCCCAGUGAACAAUUCUGGCAAGCUGGACCGCCAGUUCGUGCGGGAACAGCUGCGUCAGAUGUCCCGCGAAGCGCUGAGUAGCUAUUCUACAAUGGCAAAGCAAGCUCCAGAAUCUGCUAUGGAGCAAAAGCUGCACCGACUCUGGGCCGCAGCCCUGUCGCUUUCCCCUGAUGCAGUGGGCAUCAACGACUCUUUCUUCCGGCUUGGUGGUGACUCAGUAGUGGCCAUGAAGCUGACAGCGGUUGCCCGGGACGAGCAGAUUCCCCUCUCUGUGGCCGACAUAUUCCGUUGGCCCCGUCUUGUAAAUCUGGCGGAGGCUAUGGAAAACAAGAAUGAGGACUAUGGCUUCGCGGACAAAGAUCCAGCCCCAUUCAGUCUGUGGCCCGAACUCGCCCAGACUGAUCCCGAGAUGGACGACGAGCGAGAACGAUUAUUAGCAGAUGUUGCGAUGCAGUGCUCUGUCACAACCGACCUGAUCGAGGAUAUUUACCCCUGCAGCCCCCUCCAGGCCGGUCUUAUGGCUAUCACUGCACAGUAUCCCAUGGCCUACGUUGCCCAACGUGUUUUCCGACUACAGGCCAACCUGUCUAUUCAACAGUUCAAGGCUGCCUGGACGCAACUGGCCGAAAACCUUCCAAUCCUGCGCACCCACAUCAUCUCCUCAGUCCUUUGUAAUGCGCUUCAGGUUGUAUUAAGGAAGGAGCCGGUUUGGUACCAUGGGACGUCGCUCGACGACUAUCUCGCAACAGACCGCGCCAACCCAAUCACCUAUGGCGGCGCGCUCAGUCGUACGGGUAUUGUCCACAAUGGAGUUGACCGCUACUUUAUAUGGACAACGCACCAUAGUGUCUAUGAUGGCUGGAGUGUGACCAAAAUAAUGGAAUUGCUGGCCCAGCUAUUGCAAGGCGCAGCUCCGCCAGUCCCGGUCCCGGUAUCACGAUUCAUUGCCUACCUGACCCUGCAAAAUGAAGAGAAAACAACGUCAUUUUGGCAAAAGCACCUAAAGGAUGCCAACUGGGCUCGUUAUCCGCCUUUGCCAUCCCCCCAGCACUAUGUCAACCCGAGGGAUACACUUCAGCAACAUCUCCAUGUCCCUCUGAAGUCAGAAGCUGCAACACUCCCCAUAGUCCUACGCGCCGCCUGGGCCCUGCUUGUGGCUACAAAUACUGGGCUUGACGAGGCAGUUAUUAAUGUGGUACUCUCUGGUCGUAUGGCACCAAUUAAUGGGAUUACAGAUUUAAUAGCGCCAACUAUUACUACAGUCCCCUUCUAUACAUCAGUGUCACAGGAGCAGUCUGUGAAAGGCUUCCUUACUGACAUGCAAAACCGGUCGACUGAGAUGAUUCCAUAUGAACAUACUGGUCUCCAGAACAUUUACCGCAUGGUUCCUGGGCUUGGACCAGAAUUCGACCCCGGUCAUAUCUUUGUGGUCCAACCAGCCGGAGAGACCGAGUCAGGGACACCAAUGUUCAAUAUGGGUAUGGAUGUAUAUGACAAAGCUACUCCUAUGGAUGCCUUUCAUGCCUAUCCCCUGACAGUCGAGUGUACUGUGGGAUCAGAUGUUAGUGAUGUUACAGUUGAGCUGCGGUACGAUCGCGAUGUCGUCCCCGUUGAUGCUGCCCAGCGUCUUCUUGCCCAAUUUAGUCACAUUGUGCAGCAGCUGUCAGACAAUACAGAUACUGAGCAGCCGCUCAGACAGCUGCAACUACUAUCCUUGGAGGACAGUGUGCAGUUGUCCAAGUGGAACUCGACAGUUCCGCAACGGGUUGAGCGCUGCAUUCAUGACCUGGUGUUGGAUGAGAUGACCGCCCACCCGGAGAGAACAGCCAUCAGCGCGUGGGAUGGCGAGUUGACGUACGGCGAGUUGGAUGAAGCGAGCCGUCGGCUGGCUCACCAUCUGUCCGCCGGCUGCGGUGUAGGCCCUGAGGUGAUGGUUGGGCUGUGCAUGGAUAAGUCGAAGUUAGGAGUGGUGGCCAUGCUGGCUAUCCUCCGUGCCGGCGGCGCCGUGGUCCCUCUCGGCGUGCAGCACCAAUUGCCCCGUAUUCAGGGGAUUGUCCAGGAUAUUUCAGCACCGCUCGUGCUGGUUGAUCGCAUGCAUGAGCAGCGUUUGGACGCGCUAUCAGCCUAUACACAGCUGCUUGCAGUUGAUUCUUUCUUCGACACAGCCCCGUUGUCCCCAAUACCGUCCGCCGAGCCCUGUGUAUCUGUGCAGCCCGACAAUGUGGCCUGGGUUAUCUUCACCUCCGGCAGCACUGGAACACCUAAGGGCGUUGUACUUGAACACGGCGCACUUGCAACUAGCAUCCUUGCUCAUGGGCGUGCAUUUGAUAUUCAGCCACACGACCGGCUCUCACAGUUUGCGGCAUAUACUUUUGAUGUUGCUAUCCAGGAGAUUAUGACGACUCUUUGUCUGGGGGCAUGUAUUUGCGUUCCCUCAGAAGAAGAUCGUGUCAACCGGCUUACACCCUUCCUAUCGGAGGCUGGCAUUACUAUUGCCACCUUAACGUCAACAGUAGCCGCCUUAAUCCAGCCACAAAAUACCCCGACCAUACGAACGCUAGUAUUGAUGGGUGAAGCUGUUGAAGGGAAAGUCGUUGAUCAAUGGGUUGAGCAUGCCAAUAUCAUCAAUGCUUACGGGCCAUCCGAGUGCUGUAUCCACACCACAGGAAACAAGAUUUGGAACAGAUCAGCGGCACUUAAUGUUGGCAAGCCGCUGGCUUCAACAUUUUGGGUAGUCAACCCAGCCAGCAUACAACUAGUUCCAAUCGGUGCGCCGGGCGAGCUGCUCAUUGAAGGACCGCAAUUGGCCCGCGGCUACCUCAACGACCCUGUCAAGACCGCCGCCUCUUUUAUCAAAGAUCCAGCAUUUGUCGAAGAGUUGGGCCUGAGCCCUGGUCGUCGCAUGUAUCGAACUGGCGAUAUGGUACAGCAGAACCCGGAUGGGUCGCUGACCUACCUCGGCCGACGCGAUACACAAGUCAAGAUUCGUGGCCAGCGAGUUGAAAUUGGAGAGAUCGAGAGCCAGAUUAUGCGGCUGCUGCCAAACGCACGCGAGGCUAUCGUCGAUCUGGUGCCGCCAGCCGGGGAGCCCCAUGACGGCAUAUCGAUGUUGGUGGCCGUCGUCGAAUAUCCCGAUGUUGGACCAUCCAGCAGCGGAGAGCUGGAGCUAUAUGAUCCCGCAAAGAUCACGGAGGCUGCGCGCAAGGCCCUCAAAAAAUUAGACACCGAUCUAGGCCAAGUCCUGCCAGCAUACAUGGUCCCAGCAGUGUUUUUACUUGCGCCGAAGAUCCCGAUCAACACCUCCGGCAAGCUGGACCGUCGUGCUGUGCGGGAGCAGCUUCAGCUUAUAUCCCGUGAGGUGCUGACCAGCUUUUCUUGCUCAUCAUUCAUAAAGCAGGCACCAACUACUACUAUGGAAGAAAGGUUACAGAGCCUCUGGGCUACAGCUCUAGUGUUAGAGCCUGAAGCGGUUGGGAUGAAGGACUCGUUUUUCCGUCUUGGUGGAGACUCAGUCAUUGCUAUGAAGUUAACAGCAGCAGCCCGAGCUGAAAAGAUCCCCCUAUCCGUGGCUGACAUCUUCCGAUGGCCCUGUCUGGCUGAUAUGGCAGCUGCUUUAGAAGAGAAACACGGCCUCGAGAAUGGCCAUGCGAAUAGUGAAGAUCCAGCCCCGCUGAGUUUGUGGCCGGAGCUCGCCCAGGCCGACGAUGCGGACGCAGAGACACGACUAUUAGCAGAUGCUGCCGCUCAAUGUAGCGUUUCUAUUGACCAGAUUGAAGACAUCUAUCCCUGCAGCCCGUUACAGGCUGGGCUCAUGGCGAUCACUGCACAACGUCCCGAGGCCUAUGUUAUGCAGCGGAUCUUCCGACUACAGUCCAACCUCUCCACCGAACAACUCAAAGCCGCCUGGACAAGGCUGGUUGAAUGCCUGCCUAUAUUGCGAACCCGCAUUAUCCCCUCGGUACAAGCUGAUGCAUUGCAAGUUCUAGUACGGUCACAGCCACAGCCAGUCUGGCAGGAAUGGAAAUCACUGGAGGACUAUCUUGCAAUGGAUAAAGCCACCCCUAUUACAUACGGCGGCGUCCUCAGUCGUACAGCAAUUGUGGCAAAUGAGGACGGCGCGAAUCGGUUCUUUGUGUGGACAACACAUCACAGCGUCUAUGACGGCUGGAGCGUGGCCAAAACAAUUGAAUUGCUCGCCCGACUAUUAAAAGGGGAGUCUCAGCCGGUCACAGUGCCUGUUUCACGAUUUAUUCGCUACCUGGCCCUGCAGGAUAAGGUGGAAAUAGCAACAUUCUGGAGGGGACAUCUCGAAGGCGCCAACUGGGCUCGUUAUCCAGCCUUGCGGUCCCCGCAGAACAAUGUUAACCCGAGGGAUACACUUCAGCAACAUCUCCACGUCCCUCUGAAGUCAGAAGCUGCAACACUCCCCAUAGUCCUACGCGCCGCCUGGGCCCUGCUUGUGGCUACAAAUACUGGGCUUGACGAGGCAGUUAUUAAUGUGGUGCUCUCUGGUCGUAUGGCUCCGAUUGAUGGUAUCACAGAUAUUAUAGCACCAACUAUCACUACAGUCCCGUUUUAUGUAUCAGCCUCCCAAGCACAAUCUGUCAAAGGCUUCCUUGCUGAUGUAUAUAACCGGGCGGCUGAGAUGAUUCCGUAUGAACAUACUGGUCUCCAGAACAUCCGACAACUAGUUCCAGGCCUGGGACCAGAAUUUGACCCCGGCCAUAUCUUUGUGGUUCAGCCAGCCGGAGAAAGGGAGUCAGCAACACCAAUACUCAGUAUGGAUAUUGAGCGUGAAACAACUUCUAUGAACGCCUUUGACGCCUACGCCCUGACAGUCGAGUGUACAAUAGGACAGGGGACGAACGUCGAUGUCGACAUACGCUACGACCGUGCAGUACUUCCAUCUAAUGAUGCACAACUGCUGCUCACCCAGUUUAGUCACAUUGUGCAGCAGCUAGCACAAGAUGCCGAGACUGAGCAGCCACUAGGACAGUUACAAUUGCUAUCCGUUGAGGAUAGUGCUCAGCUAUGCAAGUGGAACUCAACAUUACCAUACCAGGUUGACCGCUGCAUUCAUGACCUAGUCCAUGAUAAGAUGGUUGAGCAGCCGUCCGCAGUGGCUAUCAGCGCGUGGGACGGGGAAAUGACAUAUCGCGAGCUAGACAGCGCAAGCUGGCAGUUAGCCCACUACUUGCUCCAGCAUAAUAUCGGCCCGGAGGUGAUGGUUGGCAUGUGUAUGGAUAAGUCGAAGUUAGGAGUAGUGGCUAUACUGGCAAUUCUUCGCGCUGGUGGCGCCGUGGUCCCUCUUGGUGUACAACAUCCAGUGCCCCGCAUUGAGGGGAUUGUGAAAGAUACAGCCGCGCCGAUCGUGCUGGUAGAUCAUGCUCACAAGCAGCGGCUGUUGGAGCUGGCGGCGCAUACACAGUUACUUGCCGUGGACUCCUUCUUUGAUGCGGCUUCGUCAACCCCAGUGAUAACGACAUCCGCUGAGCCUUGCAGGUCCGUCCGCCCUAAUCAUGUAUCUUGGGUCAUCUACACCUCUGGCAGCACUGGCAUGCCUAAGGGGGUUGUGCUGGAACAUAGGGCCCUGGCAACUAGCAUCCUUGCUCAUGGGCGCGCAUUCGGUAUCCAGCCCCAUGACCGGCUGUCACAGUUUGCAGCAUAUACCUUUGAUGUCGCUAUCCAGGAGAUUAUGACGAGUCUUGUAAUGGGGGCAUGCAUCUGUAUUCCGUCAGAAUACGAUCGGAUGAACAGGCUCACGCAAUUCCUAUCAGAAGCCAAUGUUACUAUCGCUACUUUGACAUCAACAGUAGCCGCCUUAAUCCGGCCACAAGACACGAGCGUACAAACCCUCGUUUUGAUGGGCGAAGCUGUGCAACCCAGAGUCAUUGAUCAGUGGGUGGAGCAUGCCACUGUUAUCAAUGCUUACGGGCCCUCGGAAUGCUGUAUCCACACCACAGGAAACAAGAUCAGGGACAGAUCAGAAGCAAGCAAUGUAGGCUUACCGCUAGCGAGCAUCUUCUGGGUAGUGAAUCCAGCCAACAUCGGCCAACUGGUUUCACGUGGCACACCUGGUGAGCUGCUGAUUGAAGGCCCCCAACUGGCUCGAGGCUACCUUAACGACCCUGUCAAGACCGCUGCCUCUUUUAUCCAAGAUCCGCCAUUUGUCGAGGCGCUACGCCUGAGCCCCGGCCGACGGAUGUACCGAACUGGUGAUAUAGUGCAACAGAAUGCGGAUGGAUCACUGACCUACCUGGGCCGACACGACACUCAGGUCAAAAUCCGUGGCCAGCGAGUGGAAGUCGGCGAAAUUGAGUACCAUAUAGGGAAGCAGGCCGGCAUCCAUUAUGCAGUUGUGCUUUAUAUGCGGCAAGGACCCCUUGCUGGUCAACUUAUAGCUGCUGUCAUCCUCAGUGAGACUGAGACCUCGGCAGCAAGCCGCCAUCAGAACUCAGGUGUCAAAUACAUUCCUGAAGACCAGAAGGAGAGUGCUCAAAUUCUGCUACGCAAGGCUAAGCAUGACUUGGCACAGCUAGUCAUGCACUAUAUGGUGCCGAGCAUCUGGAUCCCCUUAGCAGCUGUGCCGAUCAAUGCAUCGGGCAAGACGGAUCGACUUGCGCUCACUCACUGGGUACAAUCGUUGCCGCGAGAAGAAAUCGUAGCUCUGACUGGCAGCACUGAGGAGGCUGAAGAUGCUGAGAAGCUGAUGGCAACGGCCACACCCGUCGAGCGAUCGUUGCGGGAGAUAUGGAGUGAAGUGCUAGGCAUUCCGUUGCAAGACGUGACAUUCUUGACUACCUUUUUCAGUCUUGGGGGAGACUCUAUCACAGCAAUGCAGGUAGUGUCAGCCAGCCGGGCUCGUGGCAUUCUCGUCACUGUACGCAACAUUUUAGACAGCCAGACAAUCCCCAAACUGGCAGCGCAAGCGCAGAGAGUCGAAGCUGCAGACGAUACAAAAACGCCCUCUGUCAACAGUACGCAGAUCCCUACGGAAGAGCCGGCAGCUACAGCAACAGACUUUCCGCUCGCACACCUGUCUGACAGUGAAAUGCUAAUGAUUGAGGGGCAAUACCUCAGUUCUAUUGGUCUCUCUUCAAUCACUGAAAUUGAAGACAUUCUCCCUUGUUCACCAAUCCAGCAAGGAAUUCUGCUUACCCAGGUGCAGUCACCAACAACCUACUGCAUCCAGCACACAUGCCGCAUCAAGUCGUCUGAUCCGGCAAACCAACCCGUCAGCGUCGACCGGCUUGUUGGAGCAUGGCGUCAGGUCGUUAUGCGGCACUCCAUCCUCAGAACUGUCUUACUUGAGCCGCUACCAGGCCAGGAGAGGUUCCUCCAAAUUGUCUUGAGGCAACCGGAUAUUGGCAUCCUCAGUGAGAAUGGGAUUGCAGAUGCAGCUGUAGCUGAGUGGUUUGAUUCCCAGCCAACACUUGACGUUUCAGACCUUCGAUACCCUCCCCAUCGUCUAACGCUACUGAGGACAGCCACAGGCGAGGUCUACUGCCGACUUGAUGUGAGCCAUGCCCUAGUUGACGCCUCGUCACUGACCCUGAUUAUCCGCGACCUUAUUACUGCCUAUGAGGGUACAUUGCUGGCUGGCGGUGGCUCGCAUUACAGUGCCUAUAUAGAAUUCCUUGAGGGGAGACAGCCACAGGAAGACCUUCAGUUCUGGAAGGAAUCGCUGAGCCAUGCUGAGCCGUGUCUCCUACCGCCUCAAGACCCGCUACAUAACUCCGAAGAGGGAAAACUUGAGAAGGUGUUCAUGCGGAUCGAAGAUCUUACUACGCUGUACCGCUUCCGGGAUACUUAUGGCGUUUCAAUUGCCAGCGUUUGUCAGCUGGCCUGGACGCUGGUCCUUGCCAGCCAGAUAGGAUCCCAAAAUAUCAGCUUCGGGACCUUAUCAAGCGGCCGCGAUGCGCCUAUCCCAGGGGUAGAAGAGCUAGUUGGUCCUAUGAUCAAUAUGCUUGUUUGCCACACACAGCUGGAUUGGACUGCAAGAGUCUCAGACAUCGCUCGCAGGUUGCAAAGUCAGUUUACUGAAGCUUUCGAACACCAGCGCACAUCUUUGUCUUCUAUCCAGCACGAGCUUGGCUUUUCAAGAGGCCAGCCAUUGUUCAAUUCCACAUUAUCAUAUAAGCGGCAACCCUUGGCUGGCUCUGGUCAAUCAGCAAUUAUUCUUGAAGGCCUAACCUGGGAGGACCCAACAGAGUAUGAUUUAAACGUCAAUAUUGAUGCAGCACCAACUGAGCUUGAAAUCGAUAUACAGUAUUCAACAGCUGUAUUCUCAGAUGCAGCAGCUACGAAACUCGCACAGCAGAUGGUGCGAGCCGUGUACGCCGUCUGCGAGAACGCGGAUGAUGGGGAACAGUUUUGCAGAUGGAAUUCGACUAUGCCGACACGCCUCGACCGCUGUGUUCACGACCUUGUACUUGACAAGAUGGCCGUGCAGCCAGAAACAUUAGCCAUCAGCGCGUGGGAUGGUGAGAUGACAUAUGGCGAGGUGGAUGAAGCGAGCCGUCGGCUAGCAUAUCAUCUGGUAGAAGAGCAGGGUGUUGGUCCGGAUGUAAUGGUCGGCCUAUGUAUGGAUAAGUCAAAGCUGGGAGCAGUGGCUAUGGUGGCCAUCCUCCGCGCCGGCGGCGCUGUCGUUCCUCUGGGAGUGCAACAGCCACUGGCCCGUAUCGAGGGCAUCAUGCAGGAUGCAGCCAUGCCGCUGGUUCUGGUUAACCAAGUUCACGAACAACGGCUAGCGCCGCUGAGAGUCCAUGCUCAGUUCCUCGCCGUCGACGCCUUCUUCGAGGUACCCCCAUCAGCCCUAGCGAUAACGUCCCCCGAGCCGUUCACGGCUGUACGACCAGAAAAUGUGGCCUGGGUCAUCUACACCUCUGGCAGCACCGGCAAGCCUAAAGGCGUUGUGCUUCAGCAUGGCUCCCUCGCGACAAGUAUCUUCUUCCAUGGUCGCCGCCUAGAUAUACAGUCUCACGACCGUCUGUUGCAGUUUGCGGCGUUCACAUUCGAUGCGGCUAUCCAAGAGAUUAUCACGGCUUUUGCGUUCGGGGCCUGUACCUGUCUUCCUUCUGAAGAGGAUCGCAUGGAUCGACUCUCAGCCUACAUAUCUGAAGCCAAUGUGACGAUAGCCACGUUGACAUCGACUGUGGCAGCACUGGUUCAGCCGCAGGACGCCCCAACAGUACGAACAAUGAUCUUGAUGGGUGAAGCUGUCCAAGCAAAGGUUGUCGAUCAAUGGAUAGGACACGCCAACGUCAUCAACGCUUAUGGGCCCUCGGAAUGCUGUAUACACUCGACAUGUCAGAAGAUCCCCGAUACUUCAUUGGCUCUGAAUAUUGGAACGGCCAUCGCCGGUGGGACCUGGGUUGUUAACCCGGCCAGCGUCGGACAACUAGUUCCCCUGGGUGCGCCUGGCGAGCUGCUUAUUGAAGGUCCAUUGUUGGCGCGCGGCUAUCUGAAUGACCCUGUUAAAACUGCUGCUGCCUUCAUCGAAGAUCCAGCAUUUGUGGAAGAGUUGGGCCUGAGUCCCGGCCGGCGCAUGUACCGCACCGGCGAUCUGGUACAACAGAAUCUAAACGGCUCCCUGACUUAUCUCGGCCGAAUUGAUGCGCAGGUUAAGAUCCGUGGCCAGCGCGUAGAAGUUGGCGAGAUUGAGUACCAUAUAGGGAAGCAGGCUGGUGUCCACGAUGCAGUUGUCCUUUAUAUGCGCCAGGGACCUCUUAGUGGCCAACUUGUUGCUGCUGUCAUCCUCAGCGAGAGCUCGGUAGCAAGCCGCCAUCAGAACUCAGGUGUCAAAUACAUUCCUGAAGAGCAUAAGGAGGGUGUUCAAAAACUGCUAUACAAGGCCCAGGAGGACUUGUCUCAGCGGGUCAUGCACUACAUGGUGCCAAAUAUCUGGCUCCCUUUGGCGGCUGCUCCGAUUAACGCGUCAGGGAAGACGGAUCGGAUGGCGCUGACUCGCUGGAUACAAUCAUUACCGCCAGAUGAGGUUGCUGCCCUGACCAGGACUGAGGAGACUGGAGAUGGUGACCUGCCGGCAACAGCCACAGCCGUCGAGCGAUCGUUGCGGGAGAUAUAUAGCGAAGUGCUUGGUGUUCCACUCCGCAAUAUCACGUAUUCAGCCAAGUUUUUUAGUCUCGGGGGAGACUCGAUCACAGCAAUGCAAGUUGUAUCAGCUAGCCGGGCCCGUGGCAUCCUCAUUACAGUCCGCAAGGUUCUUGAGAGCCAGACAAUCCGCAAACUGGCAGCCCAGUCGCAGACACGUAAAGAUGCAGGCGAUGCCUCACGCGUGCCAGAGGGAGUUUUCGCUCUCUCGCCCAUUCAGCAGAUGUACUUUGACCAGAUUGCUCCCGACGGACUUCGCACUGAGGGAGAGUACCAUUUCAACCAAGGAGUGUCGCUCCAAAUCACAAAACGGGUAGAGUUACCAGAACUCGCAUGGGCACUGGAUGAGGCUGUUGUGAAGCAUGCUAUGCUUCGCGCACGCUUUCGGCACAGCCAGGACCAUGGCUGGCAGCAAUGGAUCGAGAGACAGCUUCCUGGGUCUUACCGUCUCUCUUCGCAUACGGCCGCUGAUGGAAAGUCUAUACAGCAUAUUGUUGCGCAGUCCCAGGGCUCACUCAAUCUCGAGCACGGGCCAGUGUUUGCAGCCGCCCUGAUCGAACUGCAGGACAGGCAGGUCCUCCACUUGGUCGCCCAUCAUCUUGUUAUCGACCUCGUAUCCUGGCGCAUUCUCAUCCGAGACCUCGAAGAACUCCUUGGGCGUCACAAACUGCCAAACCCGAGCAGCCUAUCUUUCCCUGUGUGGUUGGAGCGGCAAUACCAAUCGUUGAGCAACUUCGUGAGCGAGAUCGGUACGCCAGCGGAAGCCUUCGUGGCAGAUACGUUGCCAGUAGCGGUGCCAGCAGCAAAUUGGGAGUACUGGGACCUUACCCCUGGCCAGAAUGUAUGGGGCAGUCUCGCUAGCAUGGAGACGAAGUUAGACUCUAACACGACGUCGUUGCUAUAUAACUCCGCCAACGUCACUCUGAAUACUGAGCCAGUCGAGAUCCUGCUAGCUGCUUUGUUCCCCUCUUUCCGAGCGAUCUUUACCGAUCGUCCUGUCCCUGCCGUCUUUACCGAAGGGCAUGGCCGCGAGGCUGCGGAUGACGAAACGGACUUAUCUGACACCAUCGGCUGGUUCACAACAAUGACACCACUUCAUGUCCCGGUGGAAGCCAAUUCUAAUGGUUCUAUCGAUGUCCUGAGACAGGUAAAGGACCAGCGCAGGCGUAUCCCUGGCCGUGGUGUUCCCUACUUCGGUAGCCGUUUCCUGACCGCUCGUGGACGAGAAGCGUUUGCGGGCCAUGGCCCUGCUGAGAUCCUUUUCAAUUAUACCGGAAGGUUUCAGCAGACAGAGCGGGAGGAUACACUCUUCCGUAUUGACGAUGGCGAGUAUUCGACAUCGGAUGUUGGCGGCAUGGUCAAGACCUUUGCCGUGCUUGAUGUCACCGUCACUGUGGAAGCGGACGAAUUAUGUAUCAGCCUCCGCUUCAGCCGUCAAGUACGGCAACAGGCGGCUGUCCAGAAGUGGCUUCAAGCAUAUGGCAACGCUGUGAAGAGCCUUGUGAAUGAGCUGGUGAUAGCGGCGCCGACAGCUACGGCAACCGACUUUCCGCUUGCACGCCUCUCUGACAGCGACAUGGGAGUUAUUGAGGGAAAAUACCUCAAUACUAUGGGCCUUUCUUCAACCGCCUACAUUGAAGACAUUCUCCCCUGUUCACCAAUUCAGCAAGGCAUUCUGCUUACCCAAGUACAAUCGCCAUCAACCUACUGCGUCCAGCAGACAUGCCACAUCAAGCCAUCUGACCCCGCCAACCCCGUCAGUAUGGAGCGGCUUGUCAGAGCAUGGCAUCAUGUUGUCUCACGGCACUCUAUCCUCCGGACUAUCCUGCUCGAGCCGCUACCAGGCCAGGAGAGGUUUAUCCAAGUUGUCCUCAAACAACCAGAUAUUAGCAUCCAUACUGAGGUUACUAACAUCGCAGACGGAGCUGUGGCUGAAUGGUUCAAUUCACGGCCGAUACUUGACCUGUCAGACCUUCACCACCCUCCUCAUUGUUUGACAGUAUUAAGAACAGCUUCAGGCGAGGUCUAUUGCCGCCUCGAUGUGAGCCAUACACUGGUUGACGCCUCGUCGCUAACCCUGAUAAUUGGCGACCUCAUUAGCGCCUAUGAGGGUGCGUUACCGGCUGGUGGUUCCCAUUACAGUGCCUAUGUCGCAUUCCUUGAGGGGAGACAGCCACAGGAUGAUCUUCAGUUCUGGAAGACAUUGCUGAGCGAUGCCCAGCCAUGUCUCCUGCAGCCGCAGGAGCCACCGCACAAUACCGAACACGAACACGAACAGACAAAGCUUGCGAAGGUGUUCACGCAGAUCGAAGACCUUACUGUACUGCACCACUUCCGGGAUACAUACAGCAUCUCAAUUGCCAGUAUCUGCCAGCUAGCGUGGGCCCUAGUGCUUGCCACCCGGACGGGAUCAAAUAAUGUCAGCUUCGGCAACCUGUCAAGCGGCCGUGAUGCACCAAUUCCGGGGGUCAAAGAGCUAGUCGGUCCUAUGAUCAAUAUGCUUGUCUGCCACCUCCAGCUAGACUGGGAUACAACAGUGUCAGACAUAGCUCGUAAGCUACAAAGCCAAUCCGCUGAGGCUUUUGAGCAUCAGCGGACCUCGCUAGCUUCUAUCCAGCACGAGCUCGGCUUCUCAAGGAUUCAGCCGCUAUUCAACAGCACACUAUCAUACAAACGGCAGGCGUUGGCUAGCUCCGAACAAGCAUCAAUUAUCCUCGAGGGUCUGGCCUGGGAGGAUCCAACGGAGUACGAUUUGAACGUCAAUAUUAACGCAACACCAACCAAGCUUGAAAUCGACCUGCAGUAUUCAACAGCCGUAUUCUCAGAUGCAGCAGCCAGGAAGCUCGUCCAGGGCUUAGCACAAGCCAUCCACGCUGUAUGUGAGAAUCCGAAUCAGCCGCUACGACAGCUUAGCCUGCUGUCAUCACAAGACAAGGCGCAAUUCUCGACAUGGAAUUCGAUCAUGCCGCCACGAGUCGAGCGUUGCCUCCAUGAAUUGCUGCUGGACCAAAUCGCCGCCCAGCCUGCGGCACCGGCUGUCUGCGCGUGCGACGGCGAGUUGACAUACGGAGAGCUGGACAACGCUAGCCACCGGCUGGCUCACCAUCUAGCCGGGCGUGGUGUAGGCCCGGAGGCGAAGGUUGGCGUAUGUAUGGAUAAGUCUAAGUGGACAAUCGUGGCGAUGCUAGCCAUCCUCCGGGCUGGCGGUGCCGUGGUCCCUCUCGGUGUACAACAUCCAGUGGCUCGCAUCACCGGCAUCGUCCAGGACAUUGCUGCGCCGCUCGUGCUGGUCGACCGCGGCCACGAGCAACGUUUGGAUGGGCUAUCGGCCCAUACACAGCUGCUUGCCGUUGACUCCUUCUUCGAAUCGGUCCCCUCAACCCCGACACCGUCCGGCGAGCCCUGCACAUCCGUGCGGCCCGAGAACGUGGCCUGGGUGAUCUUCACCUCUGGCAGCACCGGCAAGCCCAAGGGCGUGGUCCUCGAGCAUGGUGGUCUCGUAACAAGCAUUCUAGCACACGCACCGCUCUGGGGACUCUCUCCCUCAACACGCACGCUCCAGUUUGCUGCUUUCACUUUCGAUGUUAGUAUCUCCGAUGUCAUGGCAACCCUUGCUUUUGGUGGCUGUAUUUGCUCGAUCUCUGAAGAUGAUCGUCUCUCGAGACUCAAUCAGGCAGCUAGCGAUUUCCGGGUGACCUAUGCCAAUGUGACACCUACAGUCGCUCGCCUUUUAGAUCCAAAGCUAGUCCCUACACUGAAGACUCUGGUGCUUAUUGGAGAGGCUGUUGAUACAGGUGUUGUGGAUAGAUGGAAUAAGGAUGCUACAGUAAUCAAUGGUUAUGGCCCUGCUGAAGCAUCCAUCGUGUUCCAUUGCAGCCCGCCUAUACUGGAUCCUGCGCUUGCGGCAAACGUUGGACAGCCCAUCGCAGGAGGCGCCUGGGUAGCCAACCCGGAUGACAUCGGCCAACUGGUUCCAAUCGGUGCGCCAGGCGAGCUGCUCAUCGAAGGCCCGCUAGUCUCGCGCGGUUACUUGAACGACCCUGUCAAAUCUGCUGCUGCCUUCAUUGAAGAUCCAGCGUUUGUGCAGGAGUUGGGCCUUGGCCCCGGCCGGCGCAUGUACCGCACCGGAGACAUGGUGCGGCAGAACACGGACGGCUCGCUGACCUUCAUAGGCCGUCGCGACACGCAGGUCAAGGUCCGCGGUCAGCGGGUGGAAAUCGGCGAGGUCGAGAGUGAGAUUGUCCGCCUGCUGCCAGACGCGACACACGCCUACGUCUCCAAGAAGGGACAGUCUCUGGUCGCCAUCAUCGAAUCAACCUCACCCGACCGGCAUGCUUCUCGCGCCCCUGUGCCUUCGAUAAUCAUGCCCGACCGUGAGCAACAGAAGGCUUUCCAUUCCCUCCACACCUCCCUCCUUGAAACGCUCCCCAGGUACAUGAUACCCUCCGCGUUCCUGGCUAUCAGUAAAUUCCCGCUCAACGACAGUGGCAAGAUGGACCGCCGAGUGGUUAGUAUUUUACUAGAUUCCAUACCAUCGGACAAGUGGCUUGAGUACACGGCCAAGUCUCAGAUAUAUCAGGCGCCUGUUGGCCCCAAGGAACAGCUGCUUUGCGAAUUGUGGGCUACUUGUAUUGGACUUGAAAACAUGCUUGUGUCGCGUACGGACAAUUUCUUCGACCUUGGUGGCGACUCUAUGACGGCCAUGACCCUUGUUCAACAGCUACGGGGACACAGCAUGCGGCUUUCUGUCAUCGACAUUUUCGAUUACCCGGUCCUUUCUGAUAUGGCAGCAUGUGCCACCAUGGACACUGACGUGGUCGCGGACUACAAGCCCUUAUCGCUUGUCUCGCCUGAAGAACGAUCAAGUGUUCUUGAGUGCGUGCCGGUUGCAAAGGCACAGGACGUGCUUGAUAUUCUGCCAACAACAGACUUCCAAGCCCAGAUUAUCAGAGAAAACAUGGCCCCGGAACGCAGGCAACUGAACUAUUUUGCUUUCGACGCGAGCGGUCCCUGCGACAUAUCCGGGGUGAUGUCGGCAGUUUCUGAUCUUGUCAUGAAAUUUGAGUCACUCCGCACCGGAUUUGCCAGACCUAGUGGCCAGAAAUUCUUACAAGUUGUCUAUGCCAAAUGGCAACCAGAAGUCCGUGUCUUCCACACCAAUAUGGAUCUUGAUGCCUUCUGUCGAGACUCACUGGACCAAGACAUGUUCGCAACGCCAAGUCUUGCACGACCAAUGUUCGAUGUCGCUAUUGUCGUUGCCCCUACGAAACAGCAUCGCAUCGUGUUCCGUAUCUCGCAUGCGCUAUACGAUGGAGCGACUUUGCAUCGGGUGUGGACAGCAUUAGAAGAGAUCAUUGCAGGGCAACCUACGAGCAAUUCUGUUCCUGUUGGGUCGUAUUUCCGGAGUCUGCAAGCCCGGACAACACGCGAAACCGAAGACUACUGGCGUGAACUUCUUCGAGGAGCUAACAUUCCGUCUAUCAGUGCACAUACCGAGCCCCAGGUCUCACGACUGGGUCUCAUUUCCGGCGAGCCGAUUGUGUUGGGAUCAAGAAGCGGACAACCAGACUUCCCAGUUGCACUGGCUGUCAAAGCCGCUUGGGGUAUAGUAUUGGGCCUGCACACAUCGAGUCGUGAUGUUGUGUUUGCCGACAUCUAUACGGGACGGAACACAGUGCAUCCAUCAGCCGCAGGUGCUGUUGCGUGCUGUGCCAGAGCGGUUCCAUGCCGUGUCGCAUACGAACCUGAAUGGACACUGGAAAAACUGCUCGAACAGCUCAGGAAACAACAAGUCGACAGUAUGAGACAUGAAGGUCUCGAGUUCUUGACAAUCGCUCAGCGUUGGAUGGGAUGGCCGGAAGGAGAGGCAGCAGAUUUGCGAGCCAGCAUGGUGAAUCAUCUGAGGGCGUCAAAGGAGGACCUAUCACUAGGUGGUACAGUCUACAAGCGGACAGAAGUCAGCCCGAGGCAACCCUACGCAUCCAUUGACUUUGCCAUCGAGACAGUAGAGGAGGAAGAUGGUUCACUAUCAAUACGCAUUGCAUUUGCCGCCGACCGAAUCCCUGACCUGCUGGCAAGAACACUGCUUGAUCGAUUCCGAGACACUGUGGAGACAAUUCUGGCGAAUCGACGGUGCAGUGUCAGCCACUUGAUCGAAAGAGUGACGGCACGCGUCAAGGGAAGCAGUGAGAAUGACUCGUUCGAUGGAGAGCAUUAG